AUCUCCGCACGCAACGCCACUCCCUUUCGCCUCCCGUUCUCUCGAUCUGCUUUCCCCUCUCGCGAUCGCGCCCCUCGACCUCGUCGUCGCCGCCGGUAAGAUGGAACCUGACCAGAGUGCUGCUGAGCAGACCUCCCCGCGUGGGAAUGAUUGGGAGGUCGUCCAACUCACUGCAUCGACGUAUGCAUCUGCACCUGGCCCAAAAAUGUCUGAACUGUCUGAUGAGGCUGAGGUCAAGGGAUAUGGCACAAAAGGGGAUGAUUCAGCCGCGGCACUUUUGAUGUCUGGUCAUUUCUCGAUUUCACGGAAUGAGGUCGAGACUCUCCUCAGGGACACGGACAGCAAAGAGCGACAGAAGGAGCUUUGUGGCCAAGAUGCAAUCUCUGCCGAAGGUGACGACGGAAAAUUCCAAGAAACCUGUGAGCAUAAACUGAAGGAUGACCUUCACAGGAUCCCAUCCUUUGACAAAGGGAAAAACCUUUCCCUGGUUGGCAUGGAGUUUGAUGAUGGUAAAGCUUUCCAAGGGAUGGGUUUGGUUGGUGAGGAACCAGUCGGGUUCUCAUCAUCUCGUUACAGUCCAAUUGAUUCUAAAAACGAGUUAAGUUGGUCAGUUACAGAGAGUAAAAAUGAGAAGAAAACUGAGGAGCCAGCUUUGCAAAAUGUGAACCCUGUCGUUGAUUCAUCCAAGGUUGUUGCAUCUAGUGACGAAAACAAACCCGAUGAUUCUGAACCUCCACGUGAUGCUUCGUGGAGGAAGCAAUACAAGAAUGUGAGGAAAAGUAUAAAGUUCUGGCCCAUCAUUGUGGUUGCUACUGCUUUGGUUGGAAUCACAUAUUUUGGGAGGCGCUGGAAGAAAACCAAGUUGCUGCAUCAGCCGGUCAAAUUGUAUCCUAGCAGCAAUGAGAAAAUUAACGAAGCUGUAGGACCGUUGAAUCGCAUCAAGGACAUCCUUGUUGCCAGCAAUCACCCAGCUCCAUCUAUCCAUGGACAUGCUCGAUUGAGCUGAUGAUGCUCACCGUCAAGUCCCACCAACAUGCUCAUUUUAUGAGACGUAUCCUAAAUAUGUACCCACUUGAGUCAUCAUCUGGGAAUUGAAUGAAUGCAGUGGGGGAUUGUCUACUCAAUGCCGCAAAUCGUCCGGGUGUUUAUACCCUCAAAAAGCUAUGUAAUUGAUUUAACCCCCCCCCCUUUUGGAUUUGUAUAUAUGUGUUUAGUGUGAUUUGUUUUGCUCUUUUGAGAGUACUGCUCCUGGUUUGUCAACUGCAGUACCUUUUCAGGUUGCUGCAGAAAACUUGUAUAUAUAUGUUGAUGAUUAUUUAGGUUGAUGAUGUUCUUGGUC